AUGGCGCGCAAAAAGUCCCGACCGGCUAAGAAAUGGUCCUUGUAUCCAGGAUGUCACGGUCAGGUUUCAUCCUUACUCGCACAGGAGGAUCUCUUUUUCGACUUCAACGAUGACGAUGACGACAAAACUUGCAUGAAAUCCUACGACACGAAAAUCAUGUGUCGUUUUGUUUGCCGCAAUCGCGCAUGCACCGCAGAGAGAUAUGGAUGGGAAAGCACCAAGAUUGCUAUCACCCUACGAAUGUAUCGUGGUGCAACCUAUAAUGCGAGAGUGUACUCUCAGCGCUGCAAGCAUUACAACCUGGUCAGCUCACCGAUCCUGGACGAUUCCUACUCGGAACGGGUCGCCAAUCGAAUCAAAACGUGGUGUGGUGUCAAGCUGAACCUAACCUCUCGCAAGGGUGAAGGCAAGGGCCACCACAUUAGAAGGGCUUGUGAGGGAUGCAGAGACGGUCAUUGCCGUGAAUCCGAGGAUCGGGCGACUUGA